GACGCGCGCCCCGCGUCCCGGGCAGGAAGAUGGUGGCGAGCGCGCGGGUGCAGAAGCUGGUGCGGCGCUACAAGCUGGCGAUUGCCACGGCGCUGGCCAUCCUGCUCCUGCAGGGCCUAGUGGUGUGGAGCUUCAGCGGCCUGGAAGAGGACGAACCGGGCGAGAAAGGAAGGCAGAGGAAGCCACGACCACUGGACCCUGGAGAGGGCUCUAAGGACACAGACAGCUCUGCAGGGCGGCGAGGCAGUGCGGGCAGAAGGCACGGGCGCUGGAGAGGCCGUGCUGAGAGUCCAGGCGUGCCUGUAGCCAAGGUUGUACGGGCAGUAACCAGCCGGCACAGAGCCAGCCGGAGGGUGCCACCUGCCCCACCCCCGGAGGCCCCAGGCCGGCAGAACCUGAGUGGGGCAGCAGCUGGAGAGGCACUGAUAGGGGCUGCUGGCUUCCCACCACACGGAGACACGGGCAGUGUGGAGGGUGCUCCCCAGCCCACGGACAACGGCUUCAUCCCCAAGUGUGAGAUCGUGGGCAAAGAUGCGCUGUCAGCCCUGGCUAGGGCCAGCACCAAGCAGUGCCAACAGGAGAUCGCCAAUGUGGUAUGCCUGCACCAGGCUGGGAACCUCAUGCCCAAGGUUGUGCCCCGACACUGCCAGUUGCCUGGCAAGAUGAGUCCUGGAAUCCAGUGGGAAGAGACCCGGACCCAGCAGCCUGCCGAUGGCCCCCCGGUUCGCAUUGCCUACAUGCUGGUGGUUCACGGCCGUGCCAUCCGCCAGCUGAAGCGGCUCCUCAAGGCUGUCUACCACGAACAGCACUUCUUUUAUAUCCAUGUGGACAAGCGCUCCAACUACCUGCAUCGUGAGGUGGUGGAGCUGGCUCAGCGCUAUGAUAAUGUGCGGGUGACACCUUGGCGCAUGGUCACCAUCUGGGGCGGGGCCAGCCUUCUGAGGAUGUACCUGCGGAGCAUGAGGGACUUGCUGGAGGUGCCUGGCUGGGCCUGGGACUUCUUCAUCAACCUGAGUGCCACCGACUACCCAACCAGGACUAAUGAGGAGCUAGUGACAUUUCUGUCAAAGAACCGGGACAAGAAUUUCCUCAAGUCACAUGGCCGAGACAAUUCCAGGUUCAUCAAGAAGCAGGGCCUGGACAGGCUUUUCCAUGAGUGUGACUCACACAUGUGGCGCCUGGGUGAGCGGCAGAUCCCAGCGGGCAUCGUGGUGGACGGUGGCUCUGACUGGUUCGUGCUGACACGCAGCUUCGUGGAGUAUGUGGUGUACACAGAUGACCCCCUGGUGGCCCAGCUCCGCCAGUUUUACACAUACACAUUGCUCCCAGCCGAGUCCUUCUUCCACACGGUGCUGGAGAACAGCCCCGCCUGUGAAAGCCUUGUGGACAACAACCUGCGGGUCACCAACUGGAACCGCAAGCUAGGCUGCAAGUGUCAGUACAAGCACAUCGUGGACUGGUGUGGCUGCUCCCCCAAUGACUUCAAGCCUCAGGAUUUCCUGCGGCUGCAGCAAGUCUCCAGACCCACCUUCUUCGCCCGGAAAUUCGAGUCAACCGUGAACCAGGAGGUCCUCGAAAUCUUGGACUUUCACCUGUACGGCAGCUAUCCACCCGGCACGCCGGCCCUCAAGGCCUACUGGGAGAACACCUAUGACGUGGCUGAUGGGCCCGGCGGGCUCAGUGAUGUCCUGCUCACUGCUUACACUGCCUUUGCCCGUCUUGGCCUUCGUCAUGCUGCCAUUGCUGCUGCCCCACUGGCGACAGAACGCUGCAGGUUUGAGCCCAGGGGUUUGCCGUCCAGUGUGCACCUGUAUUUCUAUGACGACCAUUUCCAGGGCUACCUGGUGACGCAGACGGUGCAGCCCGCAGCCCAGGGGCCGGCAGAGACGCUUGAGAUGUGGCUAUUGCCCCGGGGCUCGCUGAAGCUGUUGGGGCGCAGUGACCAGGCCAGCCGGCUCCAGAGUUUGGAGGUUGGCAGUGACUGGGACCCCAAAGAACGUCUUUUCCGGAACUUUGGGGGUUUGCUGGGACCACUAGAUGAGCCUGUGGCCAUGCAGCACUGGGCCCGGGGCCCCAACCUUACAGCUACUGUGGUCUGGAUUGAUCCAACCUAUGUGGUGGCCACAUCAUAUGACAUCACGGUAGAUUCGGAGACUGAAGUCACGCAGUACAAGCCCCCACUGAGCCGGCCCCUGAGGCCAGGAGCCUGGACUGUUCGGUUGCUUCAGUUCUGGGAACCGCUAGGCGAGACCCGCUUCCUCGUGCUGCCGUUGACCUUCAACCGCAAACUACCUCUCAGGAAAGAUGAUGCCAGCUGGCUGCACGCAGGCCCGCCCCACAACGAGUACAUGGAGCAGAGCUUCCAGGGCCUGAGCAGCAUCCUGAACUUGCCUCAGCCGGAGCCGCUGGAGGAGGCCGCGCGGCGGCACACGGAGCUCACGGGCCCGGCGCUCGAGGACUGGACAGAUGGGGAGCUCAGCGCUUUCUGGUCUGUGGCGGGACUGUGUGCCACAGGCCCCUCUUCCUGCCCCUCCAUGGAGCCCUGCAGACUGACCAGCUGGAGCUCUCUGUCCCCUGACCCCAAAUCAGAGCUGGGGUCUGUCAAAGCAGAUGGGCGACUCAGGUAGCAGGGCCCCUAGUCGGCACAACCCGGAGGAGCCGGGGGAUUGCACCUUACGGACGUUGGGAGGACACCCCUCCCCCAGGCAAGAGUCCGAGGCCCGUGCAAGGCAGUGCCCCUGUUUCAGCCAUCAGGAACCCGUGCUGAGGGCAGGGGAGGUGGGCACGAUGCCCAGUACUGCUAAUGGCUCUGCUACAGACCAGAGGGCCAGCGGGGCAUGGAGGAGGCUCAUUCUCCCCCUCCUCUCUAGUUUGUACUUUUUUAAAGUUACUAUUUGAAAUGGGUGGUGGGGAGAGGAUUAGAAAAAAAGAUGUGCAAUAGGGCUCCGAGUAGCCCCAGGAAAUGGGCCAUAGUAGUGGGAAGCAGGGCCUGUGGGGCUCAUCUCCUACUGCUCUGGAGAGGCUGGGCCUGUCUCAUCCUCCUGGGGCCUUGGCCCAUAGUCUGGGCCUGUGGCGCUCCCAGCUGAGGCUCCCCGGGAGUGGCAGGUACCCUGCCAGGCUCUGAGCCCAGGAGAACAGGUGAUUGAGGGGCCACUGUGGAGCUGGGCUUUAGCGGGACAGCCUCUCCUCUGGUAGCCAGGGGAUCCUAGAGCAGGGGUGGGGCUGGCUCUCAGGCUUUCCAGCACACCCUGCCUCAAGCCAGGAAAGGCAACGCAUCAGAGCCUACUGAGACCAGUGCGUUUCCCAGGUGGGUCCUGGAGGAGUGACCUUACUAGUCUCAUAGGAAGAAAACUGUCAGGGCGCUCAAAAGAACCUGGAGUCACACUGUGCUUCAGUGUUGGUGUGAAGUCUGAAAUAUGCAACAGAAGAAAUAUAUCUCUUAUCUCUCUAA